UUACGCUACGUGGGGGGAGCUAGCAGCCUACGCCUCCAUAUUUUUGUCAACUUUUAGCCUUUCAGGCUCAGGUGCUGGUUUUACUGUCGCCUUUAAGUCCGUUCUGUUUGCUCAGCCUCCCGGAAGGGAGCCGUGCCGCUCUGGGGAGAAGGUCGUUGUGCCUCGGUGCGUCGUCCUUCCCCUCCCGACGGGGAGCCGGUGGGAGAGGACGACGGCCGGCGGGGGGAGGAGGCGGCCCUAGCGCCAUUUUGUGGGAGCGAAGCGGUAGCUGGGCUGCUCCUGGAACCGUCGCUGCUUCGGGUUCCCUGUCGGGCUUCCUAGCAGCGGCCUCACGGAAAACUAAGAGAAGAUGUCUGAAUAUAUUCGGGUAACCGAAGAUGAGAACGACGAGCCCAUUGAAAUACCCUCAGAAGACGACGGGACCGUGCUGCUGUCCACGGUGACAGCCCAGUUUCCAGGGGCCUGUGGGCUGCGCUACAGGAAUCCAGUGUCUCAGUGUAUGAGAGGCGUCCGGUUGGUGGAAGGAAUUCUGCACGCCCCCGAAGCCGGCUGGGGAAAUCUGGUAUAUGUUGUCAACUAUCCCAAAGAUAACAAAAGAAAAAUGGACGAGACGGAUGCUUCUUCAGCAGUGAAAGUGAAAAGAGCUGUCCAGAAAACAUCUGAUUUAAUAGUGUUGGGUCUCCCGUGGAAAACGACUGAACAGGAUCUAAAAGAAUAUUUUAGUACCUUUGGAGAGGUUCUUAUGGUUCAGGUCAAGAAAGAUCUUAAAACUGGUCAUUCAAAGGGGUUUGGUUUUGUUCGUUUUACGGAAUAUGAAACCCAGGUGAAAGUAAUGUCACAGCGACAUAUGAUAGAUGGACGAUGGUGUGACUGUAAACUUCCUAAUUCUAAGCAAAGCCCAGAUGAGCCUUUGAGAAGCAGGAAGGUGUUCGUUGGGCGCUGUACAGAGGACAUGACCGCCGAUGAGCUGCAGCAGUUUUUUUGCCAGUAUGGAGAAGUGGUAGACGUCUUCAUUCCCAAACCGUUCAGGGCUUUUGCCUUCGUUACGUUUGCAGACGAUCAGGUUGCCCAGUCUCUUUGUGGAGAGGACUUGAUCAUUAAAGGAAUCAGCGUCCAUAUAUCCAAUGCUGAACCUAAGCACAAUAGCAAUAGACAGUUAGAAAGAAGUGGAAGAUUUGGUGGUAAUCCAGGAAUACUUCCGUCUACAGGCUCUCUCGUCCAAGACUUCGUCAUCACGCUGCACAGGCUGCGUCUUUGACGCCCUUGCACUGUUACUCAGCAGCAGUAACAUGGUAACACUUAAAAUGGUAUUCGGGGACCUCCAAAGACUAAACUGACAAGCCUUCAAGGAGCCCAGGGGUAAGUUCACUUGUCAAUGGCAUGGUUUUAAUCCCUUACUUGACUUGUUGUGAAUCUAGUUUCCGGUCUCAGAAGGCUUUCAAUGUGCAGCAGCCUUCUGUUAACAAUGUUUGUGGUACUAGUAGCUGUGGGUAUUUAAUUCUACCCUUAAAGUUAAAAAAGAAAGAAAGAAAGAAAGAAAUGAAGUCUAGAAGUAAAACUAUUUGGCAAAGAUUUGUUUUUAAAAUUAAAAGUCUUAUUUGGUCAUCUCAAUGCAUUCAUUCUUAAAACUUUUUUGAACCGGUUGAAUAAAAAAUUUGUUGCCACCACAGUUUAGUGUCUGGAGUCUUACUGGAAAAAUUCAAUUUCUUUUUUAUAUGUGACAAAGGUGAUGGAAAGUUACUUUGGAAAAGUCUCAAGAAGUUCCCCUUUAAUAUGCACAAGAGGAAUCAGGCAGAAACUCAAAAUGAAUUUUUACAUGAGUGGUAAAUAUUUGGCUAGAAUGAAACUCUUUGUUAAAUGUUAGCUAUUAAAACUUUAAGGAGGAAUAGCCAGCCGAAAUGACCUGAGGUCUUUAAGGUUAGCUUGAGCUUAAAGUGUGUCCUUAGGGAAAGUAUCUUAACCGCUUGAUAAUUCCGAAGAUGUAUGUGAUAAUUGGAAUAAUUUGUUGUUGAGUGCCAGGAGAGUAGCUCUUCAUCGUGUAUGAGUUCUAUACUCCGCUCUUGCGAUUGGUGAUCGGUUGUUUUAAGUAUGCCCAAGGAUUUUCGUGUUCGUUGUGAGAAUUAAAAAAAACAACUACAGACUUAUCUGUGCUAUCGCCACUUAGCUCUGAUGUCGUAUUUCUUCUUAAGGAAUUGCCACAUUUGAUUCAGCUGUCUUCUGAAUUUGAACAUUAUUUAGGUUAUUAUUUGCAAGUGCCGGGAACAUCCUCACAGCUGAAUUAAAUUCUUAGCGUUGGCGUUACUAGGUCAAAGACUGCAUGCUUUCGGGGCUUUUCGGAUACCUUGCCAAGUUGUCCUUUAGAAAAACCUGUGUUGUCUUUGACAAUGUGAAAUAGUGCUGUUCUGUGUUUUUCUUGUCUGCCAGUUGGAUAAGUGAAAAAUUACCUCUCACCAGUUGAUGGCAUUGGUUUUGCACAUGGGAAUCAGUCAGUACCUAACCUGAAGUAUUGAUGUUUCCAUUUUAUCUACAAAAUCACGAUUCAAGGUUAUCCCUGAACCAGUACUGCUGUAAUAUAUAAAGCUCUGUUAGAGAUCAAGAACAAGUCCCCAGACAAUGGAAGAGUUGUCAGAGAACAUGAACGGGCAGUUUAUAGAAAUGCAGAUAUCUGGUGCAGAUACUGGACUUUGUGAGUCAUGAAAUGCAGAUUUAACUGGUGGUUUCCUGUGGGAUGGGCACAGGUGAUCUCACUUGCCUGUGUCCCCUCGAAUCCAGCAGGAAGCGGUGAGAAGCCCCAAGGGAGGGGCACCUGUGGUGGCCUUCUUCCCCGCAGUUUGCUUUUGGUUUUGGCGGUAGGGCAGUAACUGCCAUGUUAAUGUCUCUCGGGUCACGUUGCUGCUACGGUCUUUUAAAGGGGUUUCUAAAAAUAAUCCUUUUCUGAUCGAAGACGCAACGAAUUAAAAGUUAUUAAUUAUGUUCUUGAUCCAGGGAAUAUAGUUAACAACUUUUGUGUAGACCCCAUACUGGUUUGCUUCCCCACAAUUCAUGGAACCCCAGGACACUAUUCCUCCCACAAACCAUGUCUGUGUCUCGUUAUCUAGAAACACUAGUGCCCCUCCACUGUCCCCUUUGCAGCUGUCCUUGCCCCCGCCUUCUAAGCCAGCGCAAAGCAUGUUUUCUGUCACCCUUCCCCCUGGAUAGGGCUGCUUUUCGUACGCAGCGGCACAUUUCUGAUGAUCGACAGUUGGAAUGUCAACAAACAUUAGACUUCUGGCAAGAAAACCCCUUUGGGUUAAUCCCCAUCCAGACACGGUUCCAAUGUCAUUUGUCCUCAUGAAGGAUUCGGCUUCUUUUCGUGGCAAACAGAUAGGCAGGAUGUUGCUAUUGAUUACAACUCUGUUCUUCAACUUAAUCGGUGCUAUGUCGUUAUCAAAGCCGGCAUCGUGAGUAUAGCCUUCGUGUAUAAAAAUGGCCUCGGCCCGGGCUUGUGUGUAAUGAGCUGACAGUCUCUUCAGGGCACCCAUUCUGAUCUCUAAGGAGGCGGCAUCUUCUUUUUGCUCAUAUACAGCGUGAGCAGCUGUGAGGAUCCAGUUGUCCUGUAGGAGUGCGCCUGCUGCCGUAGUUCGACCUAGUAAUAGGACUUGCCAGGGAAAAUCGCCAGGCUUUGCGUUCUGCCCUCCGUAUAUACGCCCUCUUACGGUGCGAGUUGAUAGUCCACAAACUGGGGAAAGAAGCAGACACGUAGAGCCUUUACAGAAACCCAGUGGUGGUUUUUUCCAUAAUCAUCCCCACUUUGGAAUUGUAUCUAUUUAAUAUCAUCCAAAAAUAUCAUCGGGUGAAUUGGUGGGUGUCCACCCACACAGGCAAGUGAGACUGCUUUAAAACGGCACAGUUCGAACCUGAGGAAACCUUUUGGUAUUAGCAUUAGCUCCUCAGAAAAUGAGGUGUAUGAAAAUUAGCUUUUAGAAACUAAUUUGUUUUGCUGAAAUAAUUUGGCCUACACGAUAGGGAGUAUUAAUAGGGCAGACAGGAAUUGUCUGGGCUGAUGUACUGGGGUGAUGUGAUUACAAGUCCAGUGAAAGGAAAUAACCUUUUCAUUGCUUCUGUUUUCCUGCUUGUAAAAUGGGGUAUUUACCCUGUAGUUCUGGGAAAGCAGGAACUAAGGUCACUGUUGCAGGAUUUGCAAAAUCACUUUCGCCUUUGAACAUUGAAACGUUUUGCAAAUCAGAAUGUUGGCAGUUGUAGCCAGGAACCUUCAGGUUCGGAAAUUACUAUUUUAGUCUAGUUGGUUCUUCCAAACUAAAUUUCCCUGUGUGUAUUGCUAACUAAAUACACUCAUUAAUGUAGCAAAUAUGUCUCCUGUUGUGGCAGAAUACUUGCACUAAAACGUACAAAUGUUGUGUCAGCUGAGAUGUAGUUUUUUUAAGAAAACUAAUUUAAGCCAGAUAACGCAGGAGUAAUGAAUACAUUAUUACCUUUCUGAUUUUUUUUUUUUUUUUAAUCGCUGUACUCAACUACAUCUUCAGAGCCAAUUCUGGCAAAAAAAAAAUUUUGGGGGGGGUACUGUUCAAAAGGCAGAUUGCAUUAAUGUUUAAAAACUAGAUGUCGUUGAAAACAGUUGCUUAGGGAAAUGAGUUAUUAGCUUUGGGUUUUAAUAGUUUUACAGAGAAGAAAAAGUUAACUCCACAGCAGGACUUGUGUUUAUAAAUGAAAAUGGUUCAAGAUAAUUCUGAAAAUGGUUUAAUUUUUUACGCUCGCCUAGUUGUGAAGUCAAAAACAAUCCAAUGACCGACGUGCAGUCGGCACCUCGCAGCCCCUCCGCAUGGAAAGGGGAGAGUGAGAACGUAUUAUCUGGAAAUAAUAACUUGGUGUAAGAGCCAAGUGCUGAGGUUCCAUUUCUGCCCAACACCAGCUAGAGCUCGCCCGCCUGCCUCCCGCCUCCCGCCCAGCUGUACUUUCCAUCAAUUACGCGUCUCUCGUGUAACUGUAUCCAUUACCAGGCUCACAGACCGGGAGCGAUUUUUCUCCUUUGGAGCUCGUCCAGAAUCCAUCAGCCCCCCACACACAUUUACCUGCAAAUCAUUGGAAAAGCAAAAAUGUUUAACUGCACGGAGAAGGUGGUUGUCAUUUGCUUGAAUAGCCCCUUGAAGAAUGUUGAUUCUGGAGCAUCAUCGGGAAAGAGAGGUGUCUGAAUAACCAUUUUACAUGAUUUCAUAAAUAGGAGGUCUCUGCAUUAACCAUGUUUGCUUGCAAAGUGGAAACCUUUUAGAUGUGUAACUUGAAUAUGUAUCAAGAUCUCAAGUGCUUAAUGAUAAGGUUUUGACUUGUUAAAUUAAACCAUUUGGAAUAUA